CGGUUGUGUUGAUACGUGGUUGUUGGGAGUUUUGUGUCUUGGUUGUGUUGUGUUUUGAUGUGGCGACAGUAAAACUUUCUCUACGGGAACGAAUGUUAAUUUAUUUUUAAUCGGUAUAUGUAAUGUUCAAAAGAAUUUUUACGCGUUUUAUAAACAUAAAAUCAUAAAUCAUGACUACUUUCCGAAAACGAACAGGAUAUCAAAACGAUAACCACAAUAACAACGUUUUGCCAAAUCAACAUAAAGUAAAGGAAAAUGGACCACCAAAGGAACGAACUAAUAAAAUGAUAUAUGUAGUCUUUAUUUCAUUACUGUUCGAUUUAUUAGCAUUUACAAUUAUUCUCCCAUUACUACCGUCAUUACUCGAAUAUUUUCGUCAAAAUGACACAUCCGGUUUGUACAGCAUACUAACUGAACAGGUACGUUGGUUUCAACAGCUUGUUGGCGCACCAGAACGAUACAGCUCUGUAUUAUUUGGUGGUCUACUGGGAUCUAUGUUUAGUUUUCUACAAUUUGUUGCAAGCCCUAUUGUUGGUGGUCUUUCGGAUUACUAUGGUCGUAAGCCAGUAAUGAUUAUAUGUGCGUGUGGUAUAGCAUUAUCAUAUUUUUUGUGGGCAAUAUCAAGGAAUUUCGCACUAUUUGUAUUGGCACGUUUUGUUGGUGGCAUAAGUAAAGGAAAUAUUUCAUUAUCUAUGUCUGUAAUCACUGACGUAUCAAGUGUGCGUACACGAGGUCGUGGUAUGGCUCUGGUCGGCGUUGCAUUUUCUCUCGGAUUUAUAAUUGGACCGAUGAUUGGGGCGUUUUUUGCAAUUUUUGCAAAGCAAUCUUCUGGUCCAUGGUUCGUACUACCCUCAUUACUAGCAUUUGCACUUGCAUUAGCCGAUUUACUUGUACUAAUAUUUAUGUUAAAAGAGACUUUACCAAAGCAAAAUAGAGUUAAGGAAAUUUCGUCCGCAAUGUCAUAUGCUUUGCAGUUGUUAAAUGUAUCAUCGAUUUUUAAGUUUUCUGCUAUUAAAAAUGUUGCUACAAAUCAAAUACAAGCCUUGCAAAAAAUUGGAUUAAUUUAUUUUGUAUAUUUAUUUUUGUACUCUGGUUUGGAGUUUACUGUCACCUUUUUAAUGUUUCAUAAAUUCGGUUACGAUUCUAUGGGACAAGCUAAAAUGUUUUUAACGACUGGUGUUAUUAUGACAAUAUUGCAGGGUUCUGUUGUACGCCGGUUACCAGAAACUUCCACAAAAAUAUAUGCAAUAUUUAGUUUAUAUCUUAUUGUACCAGCUUUUGUAUUAGUAGGAUUGGCUGAAAGUAGCGUUUUAUUAUACAGUGGCAUGAUUCUAUUUUCAAUAUCUACAGCAUUUGCCGUGACUUGUUUAACAACUUUGGUUUCAAAAUAUGGCAAUGACGAUCAAAAAGGCUCAGUUUUAGGUAUAUUUCGUUCUUUAGGUGCCUUAGCUAGAGCAUUAGGACCUGUUGUUGGUUCAGUUUCAUUUUGGUGCAUUGGCUCGAGAUUAACUUAUGUACUAGGAGGAAUUUUCCUACUUUAUCCUGCCAUUGCGUUACAACGGUCUGUAUUGUAAUUUAAAAAGAUAGAAUUCAACUUCUUUAUGUUAUCUAUUAUUGUUAUUAUUAUUUUUUGUGCAAAGCACGUCACUCAAUUACAUAUAUAAUUUUUAUACAAUGCAUAUGUAUUCUAAAAUUGUUAGUAUUAUAUAGAUUUGUAUUAUAUACUUUUAUAUAUAUUUGUUUAUUGUACAUUAUUUAUAUUAAAAAGAGAAGUAAGCAACUAAUAGCAUUUUUUAAUA